UAUAGUGUUCCAUUGUAACAGUAUCUAAAGCCCUGUCUAGAUUCGCUUCGACCAUUCACGGGUCUCUCGUCACACUCGCACACGCGCCCCUUUUUGUUCCAUUAAAAUAGCAAAGAAACAGCUCUAACGUCCCUAUCUCGAAACUUCCACCGAACAACUCCUCCAAACACGUACGCAUACACUCUCCUUUUUCUUUGUUUCAAAUCCUUCUUAAACUUGUUCAAACAGAACAACAUUUCAGAAACUCAACCACAAAAAAAAAAAAAUUCAUUCUAAGAGCGGCGCGUGUUCAUAAACCGAUUGUCCGCAAUUACUCCGUCAUCGUCGCCGUUAUCUUCGGUUUCGGCAGCUGUAAAGCGCCAAAAUCAAACCCAAAACCGUAAUCUCGUUCUGAUCGAGCCGCCAGGUUCGAUCUCUGGAUCGAGCCAGAUGCCAGAGAUCGAACAAAUUGAUGGUGUCGGCGCUACUGGCUCGGCCGCCGUCGCAGACCCGGAGAAUGCUUUGUUUGGGAAGUAUGAGGUCGGACGGCUUCUCGGGUGCGGUGCCUUUGCGAAGGUUCAUCACGCCAGGGACAUCCGUUCGGGACAGAGCGGGGCGAUCAAAAUCAUCAAUAAGAAGAAGCUGGCCACCCCGAACCUGAGGUCGAACGCUAAGCGUGAGAUCUCCGUCAUGAAGCGGCUGCGCCACCCCAACAUCGUCAAGCUCCACGAGGUCUUGGCUUCGAAGACCAAGAUCUAUUUCGUGAUGGAGUUUGUUAAAGGAGGCGAGCUCUUCGCCAAGAUCGCCAAGGGACGGUUCUCGGAAGAUCUCAGCCGCAAGUACUUUCGGCAGCUGAUCUCCGCCGUGGGGUACUGCCACUCGCGUGGAAUCUUCCACCGCGACCUGAAGCCUGAGAAUCUCCUCCUCGAUGAGAACGGUAACCUGAAGGUCUCUGAUUUCGGUCUCAGCGCCAUCGCUGAUGACCAGAUUCGGUCCGAUGGUCUCCUCCACACGCUUUGUGGGACACCGGCUUACGUGGCUCCUGAAAUUCUCAACCAGAGGGGAUACGACGGUGCCAAGAUUGACGUUUGGUCAUGCGGCGUCGUUUUGUUCGUCUUGACCGCCGGGUACCUGCCUUUCAACGACGGGAAUCUCAUGGCUUUGUAUAAGAAGAUCUAUAAAGGCGAGUUUCGUUGCCCCAGAUGGAUGUCCCCAGAUCUCAAGCGGUUCUUAUCUCGUCUUUUGGACACGAAUCCCGAGACCAGGAUCACCAUUGACGAGAUUUUGAAGGACCCAUGGUUCAGAAAAGGUGGGUACAGAGCGCAGAUCAAUUUCUACGACGAAGAACCCGAAUCGGCCCAGAAAAUGCCGGGGGAUGGCGAGCAGGACCCGAAGGACCUGAGUUUGACCAACUUGAACGCGUUUGACAUUAUAUCGUUCUCGUCGGGUCUGGACCUUUCUGGGUUAUUUGAUUUAUCUCACAACUCAGUCCAGGACGGCGAACGACUCAUCUCGCAGGAGUGGCCGGAAAAAAUCAUCCAGAAGGUUGACGAGUUCGCGAAAGGCGAGAGGCUAAAGAUGAAGACGAAAAAGGAAUUUGGGGUCGAGAUUGAAGGGCAUAAUGGUAAAUUGGUCAUGGGUCUAGAGGUUUACAGGUUGACGGAGACCUUAGUGGUUGUGGAGGCCAAGAGAAGAGGUGGUGAUUCCAAUCUUUACAAAGAGUUUUGGGAAAAUAAGCUCAGGCCUUUGUUGUCCACUAGUGCUCCGUUAAUGGAGUCUGAAGCUUCAACCUCGAAUUGUUCUUUGGAGGCCUCAUCUUCUUCUUCUUCUUCAUCAUCAUCAUCAUCAUCAUCAUCGUCAUAAUAAGUUCGUUCAUCACAUGAAUUAGAUUACAAAUUUGCUGCAAAUUAAAAAUAAAAUAAAAAAAGCUUGGUCAUGGGUAGAUGAUCGGUUCUUUUCUGGGUGUCGUUUGAUACCCAAUUAUUUAUAUUUACAAUGUCGUUUGAUAUAUGAGAGAGAGAGAGAUAGCAAUUUUAAAGUUUGUGUUUUAAUUUUUACUUUAAUUUUAGUGGGGGAGGCGGUGGAAGAAAGUGUGAAUGUUUGUACAGUGAUUUAAGUAUCGGGAACAGAUGUUUCAGAAAAAAAAAAAAGAAAAAUUUUUAUAGAAUAAGUUGUAUAUAUAUACCAUUGAGUAUGUAAACGACAACCGGAGAGUGAAGGGUUUAGAGUAUGAACUCUCAACUUCGACUCCUUAAUUAUAUUAAAUUUUCUUCAAAUU